AUGUCGUCCUCUCCGGGCAUGGAACCUUGGGAGCAUGUGGAUAUGAUGUACAUCUCCAUUGAAAGUACCAUAGCACUGGCCUCUGUACUGGGCAACGUACUGGUGGUACUGGUGGUGGGCCUAAACAGGGCGCUGCGAGAUCCCACUUUCUGCUUCAUUGUCUCCUUGGCUCUGGCCGACAUCGCUGUGGGGGCUUUGGUGAUACCUUUGGCCAUUGUCAUUAGCCUGGGGCUGAAGACACAGUUUUACUCUUGCCUCUUCCUCUCGUGUCUACUUCUCAUCAUCACUCAGAGCUCCAUCCUUUCAUUACUGGCCAUUGCCAUUGAUCGCUACUUACGCGUAAAGAUCCCGACCAGGUACAGUAUCAUAGUAACACAACAGCGGGCGUGGGUGGGUGUGUGUUUCUGCUGGCUGCUCUCAGCAAUCACCGGGUUGGUGCCCAUGUUCGGUUGGCACAACUACGACCCGACAGCCGGAAACAGCAGCGAUACCGUCAUCGCGUGUAAGUUCAUGACGGUCAUGCGGAUGGACUACAUGGUCUACUUCAACUUCUUUGGUUGGGUGGUGGUGCCACUCACCAUCAUGACCUGCCUCUACGCCGAGAUUUUCCGCGUCAUCCGUCGCCAGCUCAACCUCCGCGCCGAGGCCACCAGCGACGCGGACAAAUACUACCAGAAGGAGCUGAAACUGGCCAAAUCGCUGGCGUUGGUUCUGUUUCUGUUCGCUCUCUGCUGGUUGCCCCUGCAUAUCAUGAACUGCAUCGUCUUCUUCUGCCCAGAAUGUGACAUGCCCAAAAGUGCCAUGUAUGUGGGUAUCUUCAUGUCCCACGUCAAUUCAGCGGUCAACCCGCUGGUCUACGCUUUUCGGAUCCAGCGUUUUCGCGUCACCCUCCUGCAGAUAGCACGCCGCUUCUUGCUUUGCAAGGGUGCCAAUGCCAGCCCGUGCCAACAGUGCCCUGCCCCGAUUACAGAGAAAACCCAGGUCAAUCUGUAG